AUGGUCGACGAACAGAUGGCCGGUAUGGCCCCAUCUGAAGCCCACUACUUCAACAGUUACAAUCAUCAUGGUAUCCACGAAGAAAUGUUGAAAGAUAGAGUCCGAACCGAAACAUACAGAGACGCCAUUCUUCACAACGCUCAUCUUUUCAAAGAUAAGGUCGUCCUCGAUGUAGGCUGCGGAACUGGAAUUCUAUCCAUGUUCGCUGUGCAGGCCGGAGCCAAGAAGGUCAUCGGUGUUGACAUGUCCACAAUCAUAGACAAAGCCAGAGAAAUCGUUGCGCUCAACGGCAUGUCGGACAAGAUCACAUUAAUACGCGGAAAGAUGGAAGAAGUGGAACUAGAAUAUCCCCAGGUCGACAUCAUCAUUUCGGAAUGGAUGGGAUACUUUCUCUUGUACGAGUCUAUGCUUGAUACCGUCCUCUAUGCGCGAGAUCGAUAUCUUGCCAAGAACGGCUUGAUAUUCCCUGACAAGGCUACGAUCUUCAUGGCUGGUAUUGAAGAUGGGGCUUAUAAACAUGAUAAGAUCGACUUCUGGGACGACGUCUAUGGUUUCAACUUCGCCCCUCUUAAGGAGAUCGCCCUCGCCGAACCACUAGUUGACAAAGUCACUUUCGAUGUAUUGAAAACAGAUUCCACCCCAGUACUCACACUCGAUCUUUACACAUGCACGACGGCAGAUCUUGCAUUUACCGUUCCUUUCACUCUCACAGCUCGCCAAAAGGACCGUGUCCAUGCCCUCAUUUCAUGGUUUGACAUUGAAUUCACAGCUUGUCAUACUCCAAUUUCAUUCACAACUGGCCCACAUGCAGAGGGUACACACUGGAAGCAAACUGUGUUCUACCUACGUGAGGACUAUGUUUUGGUCUGGCCUGGCGACAAAAUCCACGGGAUGUUGGAGAACAAGCCGAACGAGCAGAAUAAGCGCGAUUUGGACAUCAAGAUUUCAUACAAGUUAGAGCCUAAUCAAACCAAGGCGGAGCCAAAACGCCCGGCUCAGAUAUCUCAAGGAGAGCUGACUUUCAAAAUGUGCUGA